AUGUCGUGGGCAACUUCGUCACCAGGCAUGGCUGUCAGCAAGGAGCCACCGAAUGGUCAUAGUGGGGAGGAGAAUGAUAGCAACAAAUACCCUAAGCCUUCAUCAGAGCGCAAGAAAAUUGUCGUUGUGGGCUUGGGUAUGGUUGGGAUCGCCUUUAUUGAGAAGCUUAUGAAGCUCGACUCGAAGCGAAGAGAAUAUAAUGUCGUCGUCAUCGGCGAGGAGCCACACCUGGCAUAUAAUCGUGUCGGCUUGACCAGCUUUUUCCAGCACAGAAAGGUGGAAAAUCUAUACCUCAAUCCGAAAGAAUGGUAUUCGAACGUGCCUGAAGGCUCCUUGAACUACCAUCUGAAUACACUCGUCACAGAGAUUAAGCCUGAGGAAAAGGUUGUGCUUACGUCCGCCGGCGAUACGGUUUCCUACGAUAUUCUGGUCCUUGCCACCGGUUCCGAUGCUCUGUUACCUAAACAUACACCAGGUCAUAAUGCUAGGGGCGUCUUCGUGUACAGGACGAUCGAAGACUUGGAGAAACUCAUUGCUUUCGCUGCCACUGUCAAAGGCACAACAGGUGCUGUUGUCGGAGGCGGUCUUCUCGGGCUCGAAGCUGCCAAGGCUAUGAUGGAUUUGGGAGAAUUCAAGUCUGUCAAGCUGAUUGAGCGUAAUCGCUGGGUGCUAUCAAGACAGCUUGACGGUGACGCGGGUGGUAUGGUGGUGGAUCUUGUCAGGCAGUUGGGCCUCGAUGUAUUGCUCAGUAAGAGAGUUGGCAAAAUCCAGGUUGACGACAACAACAGCGUGAAGGGCGUCAUCUUUGAAGACGGCGAACAAAUGAAUUGUACCUGUCUGAUGUUUGCUAUUGGCAUCAAAGCGCGAGAUGAGCUGGCCAGAAAAGCCGGCAUCAAAUGCGCAGAUCGUGGCGGUGGUAUUGUCAUCGAUAACCAUUUGCAGACCAGUCAUCCGGACAUUUACGCCAUUGGAGAGUGUGCCAGCUGGGAAAGCCAGAGUUUUGGGCUCAUUGCACCAUGCAUCGAGAUGGCAGAUGUGCUGUCGUUCAACCUCACACAAGCCAAGAUUCACAGCCCGCGGACGUUUAAGCGCCCCGAUUUGAGUACCAAACUCAAGCUUUUGGGAGUGGAGGUGGCCAGCUUCGGCGAUUUCUUUGCUGACCGAGACGGGCCAAAAGACCUGCCAGUUCGACGACAUGGCAAAAAAGAAGGCAUGGUCAACGGAGAUGACAAGGUCAAAAGUAUGACGAAUGGUCCGCCCCCGCCGCCAGUGAAGGCAUUGAGCUACAAAGAUCCAUUCCAAGCUGUGUACAAGAAGUAUUUAUUCACGUUAGACGGGAAAUACCUCCUUGGGGGUAUGAUGAUUGGAGACACCAAAGACUAUGUCAAAUUGGUCCCCAUGGUCAAGAAUCAAAAGGCUCUCGAUGUUCCGCCAGCUCAAUUCAUACUUGGCGCUAGCAAAGAAGGUGAAGAUGAUGGAGGUGAUCUGGAUGACACGACUCAGAUUUGCUCGUGUCACAACGUCACCAAGGGAGAUGUUGCGAACGCUGUCAAGGACGGGUCAUGCAAGAGCAUUGGUGAUGUGAAGUCAUGCACCAAAGCCGGGACCGGGUGUGGUGGUUGCAUGCCCUUGGUUCAAUCCAUCUUCAACAGCGCCAUGAAAGAUAUGGGCGCGGAGGUCCUCAACCAUCUUUGUCCUCAUUUCGCCUAUUCACGAGCCGAUUUGUUCAAUAUUAUCUAUGUCAAAAAAUUGAAAGACUUUGCAGCCAUCAUGAAAGAGGCUGGCAAGGACCCGGAUUCUCUCGGAUGCGAAGUCUGCAAGCCAACCCUCGGCUCGAUCCUUGCUUCUCUUUACAACAAGCACGUGGUGGACAAACCUCUGCAUGGCCUUCAAGACACAAAUGACAAAUAUCUAGGCAACAUCCAACGAAAUGGCACUUUCAGCGUCAUACCUAGGGUCACUGGCGGUGAAAUAACCGCUGACAGGCUGAUUACCAUUGGCACUGUAGCUAAAAAGUACGGCUUAUACUGUAAGAUCACUGGUGGCCAGCGGAUCGACAUGUUUGGAGCCAAGAAACAAGAUCUCAUCGAUAUAUGGACCGAGCUUGUCAAUGCCGGAAUGGAGUCAGGUCAUGCCUACGCCAAGUCGUUGCGAACAGUCAAAUCUUGUGUGGGUUCUACUUGGUGCAGGUUCGGUAUCGGCGACAGUGUUGGAAUGGCAGUGCGACUGGAGGAGCGAUAUAAAUCCAUCAGGGCUCCGCACAAAAUCAAAGGCGGUGUCUCGGGUUGUGUACGUGAAUGCGCCGAGGCGCAGAACAAGGACUUUGGUCUGAUUGCCACUGAAAAGGGGUUCAACUUGUUUGUUGGCGGCAAUGGCGGAGCAACCCCACGACAUAGCGAGCUCCUUGCUAAGGAUGUUCCUCCGGACGACGUGAUACCAAUACUCGACAGAUAUUUGAUGUUUUAUAUCCGAACGGCAGACCGAUUGCAGCGAACAGCACGAUGGGUGGAGCAGCUACCGGGAGGAAUCAAAUACCUUCAAAAGGUCAUUCUCGAGGACAGCCUGGGCAUAUGUGCCGAGUUGGAAAAGCAGAUGCAGGAACUUGUUGGAACCUUCUUCUGCGAGUGGACCGAGGUGAUCAAUGAUCCGGAACGUCGCAAAGCAUUUCAACAAUUUGGCAACACCGACGAAAACAUGGAACCAGCGAUCGAAAAGGUCAGCGAACGAGGGCAGGUUCGUCCAACAUACUGGGCCAAAGCAUCUGCAACGGACGACUUCAAGAACACCAAAUGGAGUAGCCUUACAUGGCAGCCGAUUGUUACGGCAGACAAGUUCCCCGACCUACCUUCUGGCUCGUCACAUACGGUGAAGCGUGGCGACACCCAGCUUGCCGUCUUCAAGAUACGUGGCAAGUACUACGCCUCGCAGCAAAUGUGCCCUCACAGGCGAGCGUUUGCCCUGUCAGAUGGUCUGCUCGGUGAAAUCAAGCCCAGCGAGGACUGCAAAGAGAGCAAGCUCUACGUCUCCUGUCCCAUGCACAAGCGAAACUAUCAGCUCAACAACGAGAGCGGCGCUGCCGAACCCACCGCGGGCUCAUGUAGCAAUGAUCCCGCCAUGUCCAUCGCAACCUUCGAGGCCGAAGAACGUGACGACGGCUACGUCUAUCUCAAGCUGCCACCGGUGCAAGAACUGGACAGUGUGCUCGGGACGACCAAAUGGACCGUCAAGACGCAUGAGACUACCGAUCCGUUCCAGAGUCUGGACAAGAAACUUGGGCUGAAGAAGGGGCUCCGGGGGACAAAGAUAGGCAGCAUGUCCGGGCCUAGCAGGAUGAAUGACUGGAUGGACGUGGCCGGGGGUUAUGCUGCAAAGGAGAAAAUUGAUCAAGAGAAGAGGCGGGUAUUGAAGGACGCGAGUGAGGAGGAGAGGCGGAGGGAUAAUGGAGAUAGUAAGGUGAUCAUCAUCAAGAAGGCGGGGCAUCAUGUCUAUCUAGAUGGAUGGGAGGAGUUCAACGAGGUUAUGAGGGACGAAAUGGAGGAUGUAAGGAGGAGAGAGGAGAGGGGCCGGUAG